GAAAGAGGAGGAUGCGGUUUUUGGAGUGAAAGAGGAGGAAGGAGAGAUGAUUGUCACACUGAAAAAGGAGGAAGAAGAGGAGGAAACUGGAUAUCUGGGCCCGGUUUCCCAAACGCAUCUUAAGGUGUCCGAUGGUUCUAAUGAUGAACUCAACCGUAAGAUGGUUUUGAGAAACCGUUCCUCGAUUAACACUAGAGAGAGACCUGACUAUCGGGGAUUCUCUGGGGAGCCUCAACUACAUCACAAAGCUGACGAGGCAGAGAAGAGUCUCUCCACUUCAGAACAUCUCAAAUUCCAGCAGAGACCCACAGGAAUGAAACCUCACCACUGCUCUGUCUGUGGGAAGAGUUACUCAAGAUCAGAUUCACUGAAAGCACACCAGAGAAUUCACACUGGAGAGAAACCUUAUAGCUGUUCUCAAUGUGGGAAGAGUUUUACUACAUCUAGCCGUCUGACUAUACACCAGAGAACACACACAGGAGAUAAAUCUUUCCACUGCUCUGACUGUGGGAAGAGUUACUCAAGAUCAGAGUCACUAAACACACACCAGAGAAUUCACACUGGAGAGAAAUCUUAUAGCUGUUAUCAAUGUGGGAAGGGUUUUACUACAUCUAGCAAGCUGACUAUACACCAGAGAACACACACAGGAGAUAAAUCUUUCCACUGCACAGACUGUGGUAAGAGUUUUCUGAUAUCAGGACAUUUAAAAUCACACCAGAGAAUACACACAGGAGAGAAGCCUUAUAGCUGUGAUCAAUGUGGGAAGAGUUUUAGUCACUUAAGCAGCCUGAUAGUUCACCAGAGAACACACACAGGAGAGAAACCUUAUAGCUGUGAUCAAUGCGGGAAGAGUUUUACUCAGUCUAGUCAGCUGACUAGGCACCAGAGAACACACACAGGAGAGAAAUAUUUUAGCUGUGAUCAAUGUGGGAAGACUUUUACUGAGCCUGGUAACUUGACUAAGCAUCAGAGAACACACACAGGAGAGAAACCAUAUAGCUGUGAUCAAUGUGGGAAGAGUUUUACUGAGUCUGGUAACUUGACUAAGCACCAGAGAAGACACUCAGGAGAGAAGUCACAUAGUUGUGAUCAAUGUGACAAGAGAUACUCUGAUAAUCGAUCUCUGAUUAAACACCAGAAAAUACAUGAAGGAGUUGUUUCAUGAUAUCAAUGAAAUAAUGUCACAAUGUAGAAUGUUUUAACAUUGUAGUAGGAGUGUUCUAAUGAUGUCACAAUGUAGAAUGUUUUAACAUUGUAGUAGGAGUAUUUUAAUGAUGUCACAAUGUAGAAUGUUUUAACAUUGUAGUAGGAGUAUCUUAAUCAUGUCACAAUGUAGAACCCUAAACGUUUGUCCCCUGUUCUAUUGAUUUCAGCAUGAUAUGGAUAUUAGACUCAUCGGGGGUAAAAUACAGGUUCUGAAUUGAAAGAGUACUAUUUAUUUGAUUAACAAAAAAGGAGUUGUUACCACAUUGGCAUUGAACUAUUUUGGCUUUUUUAAUCGUCUUAUGUUUGUUGUGUAGUAAAUAUUUCCGUUUUUAUUUUCAUUGAUUUUAUUCGUCCAUGUCUGAAAUGUGCUAUAAAAAUAAAUCUUGAUAUAUAUUU